CACUGCGAUGCUGUCCCACUCACGCUGCGUGUUCCCAGCAUUUAGCCGCUCACUCGCCACCUUCCAGAAGGGGAACUGCCCUCUAGGGAGACGUUCCCUGCCUGGGGUCUCCUUAUGUCAGGGACCAAGUUACCCUGACAGCAGGAAGAUUGUCAUUGACAACAGUAGUAUCUUCAGUGUUCGAUAUUUCAGAACCACAGCUGUGUGCAAGGAUGAUGUGAUUACAGUCAAUACCCCAGCGUUUGCAGAAUCUGUCACAGAGGGAGAUGUCAGGUGGGAGAAAGCUGUUGGAGACACAGUUGCAGAAGACGAAGUGGUUUGUGAGAUUGAAACGGAUAAGACAUCUGUGCAGGAUCCAUCACCAGCAAAUGGUGUGAGAGAAGCUCUUUUGGUACCUGAUGGAGGGAAAGUUGAAGGAGGCACUCUUCUGUUCACACUCAGGAAAACUGGUGCUGCACCUGUUAAGGCCAAGCCAGCCGAAGGUCCCCCUGCAGCCCCAAAAGCAGAACCUACAGUAUCAGCAGUUCCUCCUCCCUCUGCUGCUACUCAGAUGCCACCACUGCCCUCCCCCUCACAGCCUCCUUCUAGCAAACCAGUCUCUGCCAUUAAACCCACAGCUGCACCUCCACUGGCUGAUUCAGGAGCUGGUAGGGUUCAGAACAUCGGGGAAAAAAUGAACAGGAUGCAACAGCGAAUUGCUCAGCGUCUGAAGGAGGCCCAGAAUACAUGUGCAAUACUGACUACUUUCAAUGAGAUUGACAUGAGUAACAUCCAGGAAAUGAGAGCUUGGCACAAAGAUGCUUUUCUAAAGAAACAUAACCUCAAACUAGGCUUUAUGUCGGCAUUUGUGAAGGCCUCAGCCUUUGCCUUGCAGGAGCAGCCUGUUGUAAAUGCAGUGAUUGAUGAUGCAACCAAAGAAGUGGUGUAUAGGGACUACAUUGAUAUCAGUGUUGCAGUGACCACUCCACCGGGUCUGGUGGUUCCUGUCAUCAGGAAUGUGGAAACUAUGAAUUAUGCAGAUAUUGAACGAACCAUCAGUGAACUGGGAGAGAAGGCCCGAAAGAACGAACUUGCCAUUGAAGAUAUAGAUGGUGGUACUUUCACUAUUAGCAAUGGAGGCGUGUUUGGCUCACUCUUUGGAACACCCAUCAUCAACCCUCCUCAGUCUGCCAUCCUUGGCAUGCAUCCCAUUUUCGACAGACCAGUGGCUGUGGGUGGCAAGGUAGAGGUGCGGCUUAUGAUGUAUGUGGCACUGACCUACCAUCACCGGCUGAUUGAUGGCAGAGAGGCUGUGACUUUCCUCCGAAAAAUCAAGGCAGUGGUAGAGGAUCCCAGAGUUCUCUUCCUGGACCUUUAGGAGGAGGCCACACACCCUACAAAUCAAUCAUGCAGGAACUGAAAAACCAGACUUCUCCCUGACCCCCAUGAGUCCCAAGUUAGCCUGGCGACAGGCAGGCACAUUCUGUUGGCCUCAAGCAAGGAAGCCAGGGCACUAUGUAACCAGCAGUCACAGGUCUUCUCUUGUUAUCCCCACCAGGCUCACUCUCACACCCUUCUCUUGCCUUC